GCUUCCUUUUUCAUUGAUUCGCUUCUUUUUCUUCAGAGAUUCCAACACCCUUUUUUUAUUAUUAGUACAAAGAGAGAGAAGAAGAAGAAGAAAGGCGGCGUCUUGAAAUUUUCAGUGUUUUUUUUGGUAAUUGUAUUGAGUUUACUAUGGAGAAUGGGCAUGUAUCGUCUUCUUCAAGAAAUGAGAGAACACCCAGAAAUAAUAAUACGGAAAUUUCAAUAGCGACUGCGUCUUCAAUGUUUCCUGGUUUCAGGUUUUCUCCAACUGAUGAAGAACUCAUAUCGUAUUACUUGAAGAAGAAACUUGAGGGCUCUGAUAAGUGUGUUGAAGUUAUUUCUGAGGUUGAAAUUUGGAAACAUGAACCCUGGGAUUUACCAGAUAAAUCCGUCAUUCAAUCAGAUAAUGAAUGGUUCUUCUUUUCUCCUCGUGGAAGGAAGUACCCAAAUGGAUCGCAAAGUAAAAGGGCAACCGAAUCUGGUUACUGGAAGGCCACAGGAAAAGAACGUAAUGUGAAGUCUAGUUCGAAUAUCAUUGGCACAAAGAGAACGCUGGUGUUCCACACUGGUCGGGCACCUAAAGGACAGAGAACACAAUGGAUAAUGCAUGAAUAUUGCAUGAUUGGGAACACUAAUUAUCAGGAUUCUAUGGUUGUCUGCCGCCUCCGGAAGAAUAGCGAGUUUCAUUUAAAUGACACCCCAAGAAAUCAGAGGAAUCAACUGGUUGCUACUGAAAGUGCAACUGCUCUGUCUGGAGCAGGACAAUUGGGCAGCUUGGAAUUGGUCAAUGUCGGGGAAUGCUGUUCAAAGGAAGGUAGUAGCAGUUUUCAUUCUCACUCAGUUGAGCAGAUCGACUCUGGAUCAGAAUCUGAUAAACAAACUAAAGAGUUCUCUCAGCACGAUUCCUCUGGCCACUUCAAGGAUUGUGAUGUUGAAGAGGACUGGUUUGCUGAUAUAAUGAAGGAUGAUAUCAUUAAGCUAGAUGAUUCUUCACUUAAUCCCAGACCUAUUUCGAUGAUCCCGGAUAGGCCUGAAUCCUCUGAAAUAUCAAAUCACGAAGCUCAAGCUGCGAUGUCCUCUGUUGUUCCUUUCCAGGGCACCGCGAAUCGAAGACUCAGACAAGUAAGAGAAAUUGUAAUGAAGUGUAGAGUAAAGGGAUCCAAACCGUACAAAGCUAUGAAGAAGAAUAAAGUCGGAGUGGGCGCGACUAGUUCAGCAAGAUGGUUGAGAAACAUGCUUUCAGUUAAAUGGAUGAGGCAAUAUGUGAUACCUAUAUUUGUAGCUACCUUGAUAUUUCUGGUCAUGCUUCUUAGUUUGUUGGGAGUGUCGCAGCAAGUAAAGCAGCGUAGGCAUCUUCUCGUUUUGGCGAGCAGCUGAAGUUCAUACCAUACUGGUAUGUUGUCUAAGUAAUAAAGUAUUUGGAGUGGAAAUUGAAGAAUGAUUGGUUAUGCGAAAAAUGAACUAGUACCAAAUUGUGUAGAACAGAUGUACAAGUAAGUGCUUGUAACAAUAUAUAACCCAUAUAGUUA